CCUCCCAUCAUCUGAUGCUCAUUCAUCCUCCUCCUCCAGCAAGACCUCAAUGAGACGCCGCGAUAACGGACAACCAUUGUUGUUUCAUCGCUCUCCUCCAUGAAUUCAUCUUCUGUUCACCUCUGGAUGCGUAAAUGGUGGUCUUUCUUCCACGAUUACUGCUACAUUUAGCCAUAUUGUUUCCGUUUCAGAAGCGUUGUUCUCGUGUUUGGAAUAAAAUAGCUCACAAACCGAAACUGAGGAAAUAAGGGUUAACAAUGAAGCAGAAAUACAUUUGAAUUUGGAGAUAUCGACGGAUAUCUACAAAAAGGAUUAUUACUGCAAUGGACUGGCUCUCAGCUCAUGUGCUCCUCUUCUGCCCGAGUCCACUGCCCCCUCACGCUGCUGUGCCCCUUGCCCCAUCCUCUCAGCACAUCUGGAGGAAGGACUGCCCGUCCCUGUAGGAAUGCCUGUUCGGGCCUGGCACCUGCCUCUGCCCGCGGCUAAUCCCACACCUUUUGCCAUUCCACCCCCCUCCAGCUCUCGCAGGCUGCUCCAUCAUGAACGAUGAGGUCAUCAGCACUAACGCACUGGCCUGGCUGGUCUGUUCGGGAGUGUCCAUCCUGGCCAACGCCUGGGGAAUCCUGAGCGUGAGCGCCAAGCAGAAGAAGUGGAAGCCUCUGGAAUUCCUCAUCUGCACCCUGGCUGGCACACACAUCCUCAACAUGGGCAUCCCUAUCACCAUGUACUGCGUCAUUCAGCUGCGGCGACAGCAUUCCAACUAUGAAUGGAAUGAAGGGCUCUGCAAGGUGUUUGUCUCCACCUUCUACACCCUUACUCUGGUCACCUGCUUCUCUGUCACCUCCCUGUCCUACCACCGCAUGUGGAUGGUCCGCUGGCCUGUCAACUAUAGGUUGAGUAACACCAAAAAGCAGGCUGUCCAUACGGUCAUGGGCAUCUGGAUGGUGUCAUUUAUUCUGUCCACCUUGCCCGCUGUGGGCUGGCACGACACCACAGAGCGCUUUUACACCCACGACAACUGUCGCUUCAUUGUGACCGAAAUCGGCUUGGGAUUCGGGGUCUGCUUCCUGCUUCUGAUCAGCGGGAGUGUGGUGAUGGGCGUCAUCUGUAUUGGAAUUGCCCUCUUUCAAACCUUUUCCAUCCAGAUGGGUCAAAAUGUGGACAAGAACAAAUUUAACGUGCCCACCAUUGUAGUGGAGGAUGCCCAGGGCAAGAGGCGUUCAUCCAUCGACGGUUCAGAGCCCAUUAAGACGUCGCUGCAGAUCACCUAUCUGAUCAGUGGAAUAGUCUUCAUAUAUGACUUUCUGACUGGAUUCCCCAUAUUGGUGGUGAGCUUUGCCAGCCUGAAAUUUGACCGUUCCUACAGCUGGAUGGUCCUGUGUGUCCUCUGGUGCUCCAUAGCACAAUCAAUCCUGCUCCCCAUGUUCCUGUGGGCUUGUGACCGCUACAGAGCAGAUGUCAAGAUGGUCUGGGAAAAAUGUGUGGCCAUCAUGUCCAAUGAUGAAGUGGACGAAGAAAACAGCCAGGAUGGAGGCAUUCAUCCGGACUUAAUAUUUGACAGACCGUUUGACUAUAGCUCUGCUGGUGAUAUCAUGACGGUAGAUCGUAUUGCCAAGUACGAAUUCUCAACCUUAGAAAGGGGGGGCCCCCAGGGUUAUCCAUUGAGGGAGCUUCAGGAAGAUAAAAUGCACUAUUUGCAGGUGCCCCCUACAAGAAGAUACUCCCACGACGAAACCGACAUGUGGACCACCGGUCAGAUCCCGUCUUAUCUGCAUCGCUGGGGAUCCACAGAGGACAUCAUUGGCAUCCCGCAAUACAGCUCGCCACGCCACGAGAGACGUCGGAGCAGCCCGGCAUCCUACCACGAGGAGAGCCACCCACACCGCAAACGGAGGCGAUCCGAGGACAUGCAUUCGCUCAAGCAGAUUCCACGAGUCGAGCGUUAUGAGGAAGAUUUCAAGUGCUUUAGCCGCGAUGAAGUGAUUAACUUUAUUGACGAGACACCACUGGCUAGUCCAAUGAGGAGCCCACGACGAGCCUCCACCAUCUCUCUGGUUCCAGAGACCUUCGAACAGCACGUUGUUUUGUUGCCCCAUUUCCCACUCACACACUUUGAGCGCGAGCCUCAAGCAUUGAGACGCUGUUCUGAGCACGGCAGAGGACCCACACCAUGCGAGUUCCCUCAGGAUCUGCAGAGAAAGGCAAGGGACGGUAGUGUUGGGGAAAGCUCGAGCCUCAAGGCAUGCCCUGAGCACAAGCGUUCAUCAGAGAUUGUUCUGUUAGGAGCAGGUGCACGGACAGCGGAGCAGUCUUCUUCAAGUAUUAGGACAGGACAGGUAGAUGCAUCUGCUUGGGUGGACCAGAAGCACCUGCCUAAAGGGGAAAGCAAAGGAAGCACAAAUAGUUUUAUAAGCUCACAAUCUGCAUCGUCAGGCUAUAUGACAUCCUUAGGAUCCACAAACUAAAUAACAGUUUUAUGAGCAUUUUCAAGUAGUAUGCUUAUUAGUGUUAAAGCUUUGACUAAGUGGAAUGUUUUUGUUAACAAGGAACUGAGAUUUUUGAAGUGUAAUGGAAAUGGCAUAAAGACAUCAUUGUUUUUUUAUUAUUAUUAUUUUAUUUAUUUAUUUUUUUAUGGGUUGCUGAUACCAGGCUUGAUUUACGGGGUCAGUGGGCCUCCAAGGCAAAUAAGUGUCCUGAUCUCAACACUUUGAAAUGAGCACUAGGCCUUUUGCUCAUACACAUGAGCUUUUAACUAAUGCCCAGUUUUCAGCUUUUAUAUUUCAGUGAGAAUUUAGGAUUCUGGUCAAAAUACUGCCACAAUUACUUUGUGUAGAUAUAUAUAUGUGUCUACACAAUUUAUUUUUCUAUAGUAGAGCUGGGAGUUCAAAAAUACUUAAACUUCUAACAUACUUUUAUGUUUAAAUAUGUCUUUUAUGUUUAAUAUUAGCCAAACAAAUUAUAUUUUUUGUUUUUGGCCAAAUUGCCCUUGCCUCAUAGUAUAGAGGAAGAUGUAGCAAUAUAUGGGGCUGAGGGGAUAGAAAUUUGACAGAACAGUUUGUUUUGCAGAUUUCUCAUUUAUUUUAAACCCUUUGUUUAAUAAAAUCACAAAGUUCAAUUUGGCUGUUGAAAAGAUUAGCAGUAAAAUUGAAGUAAGUUAUAUAGUGUUUCUUUACAACAUUUUAGCUCACAGAGCUUUUAACUCUUUAAAUGUAUUUUUGUUGUUUCUGGUGCUGUGGCAUGUUUUUAAUAUUUUUUUAAGUAAACUGAAAAGUUAUUUCGUUAUAUCGUUUGAAUUCAUAUUUUUAAAGCACAGGGUUCUCUUUGUAGAUCCAGACAUGUCUAAAAUGGCUAAAAUGUUUCUUUUCACAGAUAUGUUUUAAACGAGUUUGUGUUAAGUGCUUUGUGAUGAUUGAAAAUGUAUAUCUGAUGCAUUGUUAUACUCAUGAUUACAGUCUUAUUUGUCUGGUAGCCCGUAACAAAAUAUGAUAUGAAAAGUAACAUUAUUUAAAAACACCCAUAGCCUGCAGUCGACAUGCACUUUUAACAAAAUAAGUGACAUAAUCUUUUGUCAUGUGGAGAAUAGGACCUUUUGAAAGCUGGUGCAAUUUAAUUUGUUACAGUAGACAUAACCACUGAAUGGGAAUUGGAUAUUUGCUGUAUUAUUUUAUGUUGUAUAUGACCAGAUUUUAUACACGUAUCCCGAGACAUCAGCUUUUUAAAUGAUUUGUUCUUGUUCAUUUAUACAUGUGUAUAUAUAUAAAAAAAUCUGUGCUUGCUGCCA